AUGUCAGCCUCGUCGUCGUGCACUGAACUAGAGACGAAGUUACAAAGAUCCUCGUCCUCGAUGGCCCCAUCAUUAGCUUCGCUUUCCUCGUCAUCCUUCAGGUCCCUAACCUCCGCAGAUGAUUCCAAUCAUUCUUCGAAAGAUAAGGAGACAAAACGUGUCUCCUGGUCCGAGAUUGAUGUUGUGGAACUGCCCAUGAUACUGGGAGAUCAUCCAGCCUGCCGUGAUGGCCUUCCUGUGCAACCGGGAUGGAUCUCUUCAGAUCGGUACUCUGUUUCUGUGGAUUCCUUUGAGGAAACAAGAUCUCCAAGACGUCGAUCAGGUAGCAAGCUUUACAUAUCUUCUUUUGAUCGACUAAAGUUAAUCCGAAACAUCCCACUGCGAGACGAAACCAGCCCUCAGUUGAUUCAAGUGGAUGAUGAGGUCUUCAAACCUGACAGUAAUGAAAUUCUCUGUAAUGUUGCCCCACCCCCAAUCACAUUGGAUGAGGAUAGCGAUCAUAGCAACAGCAACAGAGGCGAUGAGAUCAGAAGGGUGGAGCGUCGCUUGGAUGUUGCCAAUACUAGAUUCGAUAAAUUGACAUCCAGGAUGGACGAUUUGGAACUAAUAAGAAAGGAGCGAAUCGAACGACGCCAACGCCGACGUCAGGCUGUUCCAAAGUUGGAAUAG